GGUUCAAGUCUUCUCCUCUUCUUAUUUAGCUGCGCGCACGACUCCUCUCCCCUUCCCUUCUCCUCCCUUCCUCUCCUGAACAAAAGGGCGGCUUGCUGGCUAGCUGCCUGCAGCCAACCGCGUAGUCGCCGUCGCCUUCUCUCCCUCGGCUGCCGCCGCCGCCUCGGUCGCUUCAGCUGUAGGGAGGGCGGGAGGCUCCGGUUGGGGCCUCUGCCUACCUUCAACCAAAGGCCAAUUAUUUAUCAUGGAAUUUGAAUGCACUCUUUGACAAUUGCUGAUUGAGGAGCACAAUUGCGGGUGCCUGCUUUUAGGAGUCUAGAUAUUUUCAAAUUUAAAAGGGAAGAACAUUGAUCUGGCACUGGCACCAUCUCAGCUACCGGAAGGCCUCAAUGUCCAAAGUUUUGGAAAGAAGUUCACCCAGUGGCACCACACCUACGAGUUCAUCUUCACCUCCAGAGUCAAAAAAGCACAAGAAGACCGUACCACAUUAUCUCAGAGCUUCUAGAGGCUCAUGCCACGAUUUAUGCAAGUAUGGACACAAAAAUCCUUCUGAAGAGGAGCCAAGUUUUUCAAGAGGAAGAAGAAAGAAACUUCCUGCCCAUCUGAAUAAUUUGACACUGCACAGAUCAGCUAUCUUAGAUAGGUCCAAGGAUGUCAGGAACAGGAGUCUUUCACUAGCCAAGUUGAGUAUAUCUCUGGGUGAAUCUGAACUGAUUGCACCCAAGAUAACAUCAGCAAAUCAAAAAGGUGUUGCAUCCAAUGAGCAUUUUGUUCUGCGGGCUGCUACAGCAGCUGAUCAUAAAAAAAUGACUUCUGAUGGCAGAAAGAAGCAUUCAAUUGUUGCACAGAAGGCUCCAACAAAUCUAAGGGAUUCAAAUGGAGUUCCAAAAUUUGAUAAAAAAACAAAAAUGCCAACCAAGGCGGCCAUAUUUUCUGCCAAGUCAAAGUUUCCAGAGAAGACUGUGCCCGAGAAUUCCAGCACUGUGGACAAAGUUACAACAGUUAAGCAAUCAUUGCUUAAGAGGCCAGCUUCAUCUCCCACUAAGCUCGACAUGAUUAAACAGGUGCCUGUUUCAUCUCAGGCUUCUAGUCAUUAUCCACCAGCAACUGUUACUAGAGUGCAUGCAAAACCUGGACGAAGCCCUACGAGGUCAAGCAAUUCAAAUAUAAAUUGGAAGGAAGGCUUGGAUAUGUCCAGAUCAUCCUUCUCUGUGGAACCCAAUCUGACUGCUUCUGUUGAAGUACAAGAAGACGAGGGGCAAGUUACAGGCUAUUAUGUCGAGUCUACGCUAGCAGAACUGUCUUCAGAUGCCAUAGAAUGUGCAGCCAAUUCUCAACCAGCACGAGAAGAAACAAGUAGAUCCAUUUCAGAGGAUGAUGGGGUGGGAAGCACUGAAAAAAGUGAAGUAUUAGCGGGUGAAGCCCUCCUGGCAAUUGCCAUUGCUCUUCAGAUGAAGCAAUCAUUAGAUGACCAAGAAUUCGGUGCAGUGCUAGGUGAAUCUGAUCCAGAACAUAAACUAGCAGAGCAGAAUGUUGUUUGUGGUCGAGCUUCAGAGGAUAAGGACAGCCAAACAGAUGAUCCAGCUCUUUGCCAAUUAUCAGAACAAUUAACAGCUGUGGAAACUGCAGAUGUAUAUGACCCUGUAUUAACUGAAAGUAAUUCAAAAAUCGAAGAUGAUCAAGUUAAAGUCAAUGCAUCUGUGGAGUCUAUAAUCGCUGAAGGUAAGGAAGAAGUGGGAGUUCAAGAAGAUUUUGAAAGAUCUCCAGAACUACUGGCACUUGAUGAAAAACAUGCUGAGAAGCCUGAGUCUUGUCUGGAGUUUGCUUCCAGAAAUGCAGCAGAGAAUGACAAGGCUGAUGAAGUUUUUGACGGUAGAAUGAAUAACUGUGCUUCUCACUGCCAAUCAAUUUCAGAAACUUCAUCAGAUUGUGGACUUCUGGAGGAGCCCAAGCCCAUGUUAAUUGAACCAAGUGAUUCUUCUGUUCAUGAGUUAGCAAGUGUGAGUAAUGAAAAUACCUUCGAACAGGAUGGACUGAAAUCAAGGAUUUUUAUUCUACAGUCACCAGAAGAACUAUCAGAUGAUGAAUUUUAUGAAGAAUAUGACUUUGAAUUAAGUGAAUCAGAUGAAUCUGGUACAGAAGAUGAAGAGGCAACAAUCAACAGAAGUAGGGAUGAAUCUUUAAAGGCUGGUGACCAAAGACCAAGAAGAAUCUCAGCACUUGAACUGGAUGAUUCUAGUAUCACACCUUAUAAAUUGAAGUUUAAGAGGGGUAAAAUUUUAGAACUCCCUCCAGACAGUAGUGGCCCAAGGAGACUGAAAUUUAGAAGAAAGGCUGCAAAUGAAGUUUCAAAUCGUGAAAGCCAACCAGCAAGAAGGAUUUACAAGAGGAACAGCAAAAAUAAUGCUGUUCCUACUAACCCAGAUGUGGAAUCUCCUGGUAUGAAACUGCGACCCCAAGAUACACAAGAGAAGAAAGAUGCACAAGGAUUGUUCAAUAGCGUAAUCAAAGAAACUGCAAGCAAGCUAGUGGAGUCCAGGAAAAGCAAGGUAAAAGCUUUAGUUGGUGCUUUCGAAACAGUGAUCUCUCUCCAGGAUGGCAAACCCACAUCAUCGACACCACAAGCUGGUAAUUCACAAGAUUUAGUUCAUGAUGAUGAGGGAAAUGCACCUAAGGAAGCUGAAUAGAACAUGCAUGUUUUUCAAAGGUUGCCAUGUUUGCAUUCAUCUUUUGGACUCCUUUUCUUUUAUCGGUUCUGGAAUUCAGCCUGAUGCAGAAGAUUUUGUAAGUUUGUACAGCAUAAUUACCAUGUAGAAUAACAGUUGUUGAAAAGGUUUACAGACAAUAUAUAAUCAAUGCGUGAGUGCUUUGAAGUUUACCUCAUUGUAAAUCAAUUGAGACACUGGAGGACCAAGUGUGCUUUUGUUCGGCUUGGAUUUCCUAGGUGCUACAUUAGAAGAGUUGGUUUUGCUGCA